UGUCAGUAUUCCAUAAUUUGUCACUGUUCUUUACAACUUACGAACUAAGAAAGUUUAAAGCUGAGAAGUGAGAAAGGAGAAUAGCGGAAGCUAUAAGCAAAAAAGGAUUUACGCUAUGCCCCCAAGGAAAGAACCCUGCAGAAAUUUCUUGCGUGGCAGCUGUCAAUAUGGGGAACGUUGUAAAUUUCUUCAUGUUGCGCAACAACAGCCGAAGCCAAAUCCAUUUGGGUUUGGCAGCCAGCCCUCUAAUUUUCAGAGUACGAAUCUGCAGCAGACAAAGUCCAACCCUUAUGGUUUCGGUGUUCAGAACAACUUCCAGCCUAGAGGGUCCAACGAUCUGGGGCCCAAACAGAGUCAAUAUAAGCCUUUCGAAAAUAAGUGGACUCGUUCUACGAGUACCAAUAGUUCUUCAUCGCGGCAAUCUGACAAUCAGCCUGUAGCACCUAAUCACACCUGCACAGAUUCUGACUCAUGCAGACGCCAGAUUAUGGAAGAUUUUAAUAAUGAGAAGCCAAUGUGGUUGCUUACAUGCUAUGGUCAUCGAAAAAACGGUCCAUGUGAUGUUAUCGGUGAUGUUAGCUAUGAUGAGCUACGAGCAGCAGCAUAUGAUGAUGCAAAACGUGGACAGAGCUUGAUGUCUAUUGUUGAGAGAGAGAGGAACAUGCUUAAUUCUAAAGCAGCUGAAUUUGAAAAUCUAUUACGGAACUAUGUAGCUCCAUCAACUUCUGUUCCUAAUGCUCAAAGUCCUUUUCCUGGUGCCGCGCCAAAUGCCUCGUUGAGUGCUCAAAGUCCUUUUCCCGUUACAACGCCGAAUGCCUCAUUGAGUGCUCAAAGUCCUUUUCCGGGUGCCGCACCAAAUGCAUCAUUGAGUGCUCAAAGCAGUUUUCCUCCUUCAGCCUCAAGUUUUAGUCAGUUGGGAGCUUUACUGAAUACAGGGGCAUCUGCUGCACCAACUAAUACAUUUGGGCAACCCAGUCCCCUUGGGAACUCUGUUAAGACAUCAUCAAGUUCUUCUGGGGCGAAUGCUUUUUCAUUUGGGAAUGCAGGAUCAGGUUCCUUUGGCUUCGGAAGCCAAGUUACUUCCCAGUCACAUCAAAACCCUUUCACUCCCAGCAAUAUUUCAGCAAGUUCCGAGAGGAAUCCAUUUUCUACCUCAAUUACCUCGCAACAUUUUCCUAAUCCCUCUGGCGGCCAACUACCUACUACUCCUCAGGGGAAUUUUUCUGCUUCAGUUGCGGUGUCCCCUGUCAACAUCAACUUGACGAAUGCUGCAUCGACCGAGGAAUUCAGUGGGGAUAACAGCAUUUGGGCAAAGAAGGAAUGGAAAAUUGGGGAGAUUCCAGAAGAAGCACCCCCAGACAAAUAUAUCUUUUAGGACUUUUUCUGGCACCUGCCUAUUGAAGGUUGUCACUGUAAAUUAGAUACAGAAGAAACUUCUUUUUCGUGGCGUGGUUAAUUGUUGCAACAGCAGAGAAUGUUGGAGAUAAGAUGAAGUUCCUACGUCGUUAUUCUUGUGCAAAGGGUCUUACUAUAUCUUCUUCUCCCUUUAUACACUUCCAGAGAGGGGUCAAAUAUCGUUUUCUCAGCUGUUGAAAGGGUUGUAAUAUCAUCAAGUUGUCAGCUUGUAUAAGCUAUCAGUUGUGUGACAAGAAAAUGUGGGAUCAAAUUCAUUUUAGUUUGUAGGUGAAAAGAGGAAACAAGAAAUUGAUAAGAUCAGUCGCGAUAUUUUUUUAGUACUGUUAUUUGAGAAGGUAUAGUAGUGGCUACCCAAAUUGCAUUUACUAAAAGUAUCAAAAUUUUGUUUUCUCAAGUUGCCAA